GGGGAAGGGGGAAGAGGCGCAGGUUCUCCCGGGGGGAUUAACGUGUGCCCGUCGCCGGCCGGAGCCGCCAUUUCCUGGAGUCCCUGAGGAGGAGCCUACGCCCCCAGCCCGCCCCUGCCCGGCCGGCCGGGAGCCCCAGCCUGGAUCUGAGCGCGCGGGGCUCCCCGCCCCCCACCCCGCUCGAACCACCUCCUCGGACUGUGCGGAGUCGCGGCGGUGGCCGCUGCCACCAGUAAGAAAGAUGUUGAGUUUUUUCCGACGAACAUUGGGGCGCCGGUCAAUGCGAAAGCAUGCUGAGAAAGAACGUCUGCGAGAAGCUCAGAGAGCUGCUACCCACAUUCCUGCAGCUGGAGAUGCCAAGUCCAUCAUAACUUGUAGAGUGUCAUUGUUAGAUGGAACUGAUGUCAGUGUGGAUUUGCCGAAAAAAGCCAAAGGACAAGCGCUUUUUGACCAGAUCAUGUACCAUUUGGACCUGAUUGAAAGUGACUAUUUUGGACUGAGAUUUAUGGAUUCAGCUCAAGUGGCACAUUGGUUAGACAGUACAAAAAGCAUCAAAAAACAAGUUAAAAUUGGUUCACCAUAUUGUCUACACCUCCGUGUUAAAUUUUACUCCUCAGAACCAAACAAUCUUCGUGAAGAGCUGACAAGGUAUUUAUUUGUUCUUCAGUUAAAACAAGAUAUUCUCAGUGGAAAAUUGGAAUGUCCUUUUGAUACAGCAGUCCAGUUGGCAGCUUAUACAUUGCAAGCUGAACUUGGUGACUAUGAUCUUGCUGAACAUGGCCCUGAGCUUGUAUCUGAAUUCAGAUUUGUGCCCAUUCAGACAGAAGAAAUGGAGCUAGCCAUUUUUGAGAAAUGGAAGGAAUACAGGGGUCAAACACCAGCACAGGCUGAGACUAACUAUCUGAAUAAAGCUAAAUGGCUAGAAAUGUAUGGAGUGGAUAUGCAUGUAGUAAAGGCUCGGGAUGGAAAUGACUAUAGUCUAGGACUCACUCCAACUGGAGUCCUUGUGUUUGAAGGAGAAACCAAAAUUGGAUUAUUUUUUUGGCCCAAGAUUACCAGAUUGGAUUUCAAGAAGAAUAAAUUAACUUUGGUGGUUGUGGAAGAUGAUGAACAGGGCAAAGAGCAGGAGCACACAUUUGUCUUUAGACUAGAGCACCCCAAAGCUUGCAAACAUUUAUGGAAAUGUGCUGUGGAGCAUCAUGCUUUCUUUCGUCUUAGAGGACCUGUUCAGAAGGGGUCAAGUCGAUCAGGAUUUAUUCGUUUAGGUUCACGGUUCAGAUACAGUGGUAAAACUGAGUAUCAGACCACAAAAACCAAUAAAGCAAGAAGGUCAACAUCCUUUGAAAGACGUCCCAGCAAACGGUAUUCCCGAAGAACAAUGCAGACGAGAGCAAAUGCAAUGAAACCUGAAGAAUCCAGUCUUCAGAAGAAUAUUCCAACCCAGAAUAAUGGAUCCCAACAAGUUAGGGGUACAAGGUCAACCAUGCCUGUAAUCUCUUCCAUUCCUUCUGGUCCUGUUCUGGUUGAAAUUGAGAAUCUUCCACGAAGUCCAGGAAUGAGCCACCAUGACAGGAAAUGCUUGCCUCUGACUGAUUUACUAGACAACACAGAGCUAUUAGAAACAGCUGAUGAGGAGGUAAUGGAAAUUCCUGGAACCCUGGGAAUAUCUUUGGCUCCUGAGGAAAUCAAUAUGGCUGCUAUUGAGCCUGGUCUCAAGGAAGCUAAUGUUGAGUCCAACGAAUUCAAGAAUGCCUCUGUGAAGCUCAAACUGCUUGAGAUUGAGAACUGUUCUUCGUCAUCUCCUAAACCCAAUAUCAACAUUAAUGUGAACAAACAGGAAGAAGUUGUGAAGUUGACAGAGAAAUGUCUUAAUAAUGUCAUUGAGAGUCCUGGGUUACCUUCUUUGAGGAUUCCUCCAGACAUCAAGAGCAACAUCUUAAAGGCUCAAGUGGAAGCAGUUCAUAAGGUCACAAGAGAAGAUGAUACAUUGAGUCAUAAAAACGCCAAUGUUCAAGAUAAUGUUUUCAGCACUGUUGUAAAAGAAGAUAACAAAGUUCCCAGUCCAGGAAACACAACCAUUCUCACACAUCCAAAUGCUGUGGAAGGUAAUUCUGUCCUAAAGAGUGCUACUGAUGAGUUGGAUGCCCUGCUCUCAUCCUUAACAGAGAAUCUGAUUGAUUUAGCUGCUGUACCUCCGGUAUCUUCCUUAUCUUCAGUUGCCCCCCGGUGGAUUGUGCCACAAACCAGGACUCUUUCCAACGGAGUUUUAGGGAAUGAAGUGGCUCUGGAAAGCAAAGAGCAGUGUGGUGAUCCAGAAGUGCUCUCAUUAAUCGCCCAGCCAGGGCCGUUUCUCGUUGAUGCUGUGACCACCUCCGUGCCUGCCUUGGCCGAAGAAGCCUUGAGGAAGCAGCGCAAACGUCUGCUCACCACCGAGCUGUGAGCGCGGGCUCGCCCUGCUCCCCCGCCGGGGCGCCGGCCCCGCCCGAAGCCCGAGCGCGCCGCCUGCGGCCUUCCUCGCGGGUCACCGAGGGGCCCCUCCGUUCUGCCUCCCGGGAAGCGGGGCCUAUCGCCGCCGUCCCUGCUACUGACGCCCGCCCCGGGACGCGCCCGCCCCGCGGGGGCCUCUGCUCUUCUCCUCCC